CGGCGGCUCGUCCGCUUCCCGCGCGGACUUCUCCCCGGCCCUCCCCGGAGCUGGAGUGGCCGUAGGGGGCAGUGCGCUGGUAGCUAGCCAUGAUCGCCACUGGAGGCCUCCUGAGGAUCUCGGCUAGGAAACAGGACCCCUUACGACCCCAAAGCCAAGUCCCCAAACGCAAACGCAAGGCUAAAAAGAAGCGCAAGAACGACGUGGUUGUGGUGAAAGGCAAGCUCAAACUGUGCUCCCUCUCAGGGCUCAUUGCCCUCUGUGGCAUCCUGGUACUGCUGGUGGGCAUCGCCUUGGCUGUGGUGGGCUACUGGCCAAAGCCCAGCCAGGUGUACAGAGAAGGCAGUGUCAGUGCGGGCAGGCACCUAGCACCGCAAGGUGUCACUCCCAAGAACCACUCCCAGAGCCAGGAAGGGGCGCAAGCAGGGAUCCAUCCAGAGUCACCCCCCAGAGCCAAUACCUCCACCACUACUACCACCAGUGGGUCUUUGCACUCCCCUCCGACUUCCUCGUCCCCACAGGCCUCAGUGGGUUUCCUUUUCCGUCUUUUCUCAAGCUACUUGCAUUCAGACAAGCUGAAGGUGCUGGGCCCUCUCAUCAUGGGCAUUGGCAUCUUCCUCUUCAUCUGCGCCAAUGCGGUGUUGCACGAAAACCGUGACAAGAAGACCAAGAUCAUCAACCUACGUGACCUUUACUCCACUGUCAUCGAUGCCCACAGCCUGCGGGCCAAGGACGGAGGCACCCCGCCCUCGGCCCCUCUCAACGGCUUUGUCAACUAUGUGCAGUCCCGGGGCCUGGAGCUAAAGCCUGGUGGUGAAGGCCUGGGUGCUGCAGCCAUGCUUGCCAAGAGUUCCUGGCCACCGGGACUGGGUGUCUCCCUUUCCCCGCCAGAUCUGGCGUCCUCACCACGACGUUCCUCCUUCUGCCCCCCACCACAGCCACCCAGCCUGGCUGAGGCCGUGUACAGCAUCUGCCGGGAGCAUGCUGCCCUUGCUGGCCACACUGUCACCAGCCCUCCCUGCAGCCCACCAGAGAGCUGCGACCAGUGCAGCACAGCCAGCUCCAUCAUUGGCUCCUCACUGAGCGCUUUUGCCCUCCUGCCCUUGGGGUCGGGCAGCAGAGUGGGAGACUGGCGGAGACCACCUGGUGAGCGGGGAGCCCAGGAGAUCCCUCGGGGAGAGUUUGAACUGAGCCUAACCAACCUCAGCAGCAGCCACAUCGAGGGAGGCUGUGGGACAAAGAGGCACAAACUGGUUCUCAGGCGGCAGAGCAUCAGCUGCUUGCCUGAUGCCAGGCGUCCCCUUUUCCCUGAGCCACCUCGGUCACCAGCUGACAGUGGGGUCCUGGACUCUAGCCUCUUGGUAAAGGCAUCUUCUAGCUACUCCAGAUCUCUGGAUCUGGGGGGAUCACCCCCCUCAGCCCCUUCUGCCAUCACCAGGACGGACUCUCAGAGCUCCCAGUCUGAGCCUUCCAGCAGCAAUAAGGGCUACAGCCACCUGGAGGAGGCAGGCACCUCCUUGGAGUCAGUUGCCAACACCACAGCCAGUAAAAUUCAGGAUUAUGAGGAGGAACCGUUUGAGAAGACGGACCCCCUCAAGGCUACCAGCAGAGAGCAAACAGGAGAGCAAUCUCAGCAAACUCAAAGACAGUACACAAAUAAGGAGAAACUCUUUAUGAUUUCUAGGUCACAUGCUGCAUUAGGGCUGGAGGAUGGGGAGCUGGAGAGUACUGGCAUCUAAAUAAAACAGAGAAGGCACGAGGACACCUUGCAUUCCUCCACACCUUUCCCCCUUCUUCAUCUCCUUGUGGACUUAGGAAACCAAUCAAUAUCCAAAGAGCUGCACUAUGUUACCCUUGAAAAUUGAAUUCCAUAAAUCCUGUAGAUGACUUCAGGAAGAAAAAAGAAAAUCCUUUCUGUGUAAUCGUGAUUGUAUGUUUCAUGCAAGCCAAAUUGUAUUAAAUAUCCACAGUCCAGGAAGUUCUUUGGAUCAAAUUAAUACAAUUUCAGGCGGUAUAGCUGUGCACUUUACUGUUUUGAUUUCCAAGUGCCCCUUCUUCUCCUCUGAUUUCUUUCUUGCUGAUUUGCCACUAGCUGCUUGAACACUGCAGGCACCUUUUUAAGCUCAAAAGCAACGUGGUCUUCAAAAAGCAAACUGAGCUCUCUCUUUGUUUUGGUUCAAUCACUAAAAAGUUUGCAAGGCCUUAAGGAUGAUGUACCUUGACAAAGAAUGAGUUUGUUUAAGUUCUGGAAGAAAAUAACAGUUUAGAAGAGACUGGAGCAGAACAGAGCUCUAGUGAUUUAGUUAAAACCAUUACAUUCCUGAAUCAAAAAUGCAUACUACUACAUGAUACUUUAUUAAAGUAUUAUUACACAUGUAUUGACUAAUAGCAUUAAAAAAUUUUUUUUUAAUAAAACAUUUACAAACAAAACUUCCAUAAAAAAUAAGUCCUUUAUUUUGGUAAGUAAUUACAGGUAUCAGAAACUGUUUAGUUUUAUACUGUGAAAGAUUAUAGAGAUGCUAUGAGGCCAAAGGUUUGCUUAUACUUUUAAGUAGGUAAUUAAUAAUGUAGAUGUUAUUUCAAAAUAAAUACUGGUUCAGUCUCUGAGAAACCACACUGUAAUUCAGUCAGCAGAUUCCGUCUUCAUUUCUGACAGUGCUCUGUGACAGACAGCUGAAGAAAUGUGAGAUUUUGACAGGCUAAGGAAAAAAAAAUUUUUUAAAGGUUUGAUCUUCUGUUCAGAUUAGGUUUUUUGUGAGUAACAGAUUAAUCUUGAACUACACCAUCUUCUUUCUCAAUUUUUCACUUCCCUUAUAACUGUUGCAUCAAGUGUUUCUGCCGUUACAAUUACUAUUCGUGAGUGCAUGUGCAUAAGAAUAAUUUUGAAGCAUAAUGAUAGCCCUGUCGGUCUCUUAGCAGUUGACCGUACUGAAGUCAACAGAGGUUUUUCACUGAGUUUAGCAUGGUGAGAAUUUCUUCCUGCAUGAGAAAAGCAUCAGGUUUCCUGAAGAAUGCCUUGUCUGUAGGCAGAUUUUUGGUAAAUUGAUGAGCUGUUUCAUUUUCAUAGCUGCAGCACAGCAGGCACUCGUAUUUUGCCAAAACAGCUUUAUGUGCUCAGAAGAUUUUGUCAAUACUUCAGAUUUUAAAUAUGAAUGUGGCAUUUCUCCACUAUGGGAAGAGAAAUCCACACUGAACAAACACAAUGUGUAAACAGA